AUAUAAAUCAUUAUGAAGUUCUUCGCUGUAUUCGCGGCCGUGUGCGCCGUCGCCUCUGCCUCCCAGGGCUGGACUCUGCCCCAGCUGUCCAGCGCUGUGAGCAGCCCCAUCACCGAAGCUGCCUUCAAGCCCACCCUGGAGCAGGCCUUGAACCACGUUAUGGACAACAUCUUCUCUGGAUUGGAGGGCCCCAUUAUAAUCCAAACCGCUGCUGGAGUUUCUGGAAACUACAACCUUCAUCAGCUUGAAGCCGCUCUCCUCGACCACAGCAUCAACCCUGUCUUCGUGCCCCACCUCGAGGAAGCUUUCAACAAGCUGAUCAGCGCCGUGUUCGCUGGAGAAGAUAUUCAAACCAUCCCCUUGAUGGUCCCUGCCCUGGAAAUCACCUACAUGACCCUGUCCGAGUUGGACGUUGCCUUGUCGAGCCCUGCCACCAACCCCGCCCUGGUGCCUUACCUGGAGCAUGCUGGUAACGUGCUCAUGUCUGCCCUGUUCGGCGGCCAAGAUGUGGACGGUAUUGUUGUCGCCUUCCCCGCUGGUUUGGGAGUAGUCGGUGGUGUUGCCCCCACCCCUGUGGACGUUACCGACGUUGUCCCCGUGGCCCCAAUUGUGGUCCCUUCACCCGUCGUGGUUCCUGAAACCGUCGCCCCUGCCCCUGAAGCGUCUGCUUCCAACCCUCUUGUUCAGAUCAUCUUGAACAUCCAGAGAUCAGAGGACUUAGACGUUGUUGCCCCCAGCCCCGUUCCCAGCCCCAUCGCCGUCCAGCCCGUCCCCGAAAUCACCCCUGGCCCCAUCAACAUUGUUGAGCAGCCUGCCAUCGUUGAGCCCGUCGAGAUUGUCCAGGGCCCCGCUAACCCGAUCGACGCCAUCCUUCUGCCCAUUGAGGCUCUUCUCCCCACCCCUGAGGUUGCUCUCGCCCCCAUGGUCUAAUGCUACAAAGAUCUUCAUAAAAUAAUUACCCUUAGUAAAAUUGUUGGGGCAAUCUCAACGAAUAUCUCCGUCAAAACUCGCGUAACACCCUGAAUACAUCUCUGCUCUCACUGAUGAGACCUACCUGCCUGAUGUACCCUAAAGAUGAUUAAAAUAAACCAAAUACAUAAGUAAUAA